GAAACGAGGAGGGGGACAAGUUUCUCGACGACCUCACGAGCAACGACAGUCUCUUUUUUUUUUUUGGACGCAACACGCGGUCACUUCCGAAUCGUCGCUCUUCGCCAUGAUCCGGAACCCGCUCCAGACCGCGUUCACGCGGACGAGGCCAGACCUCGCCCGAGUCGCGGAAGGCAUCUCGGCGUCCCUGCGCAGCUUCUCGGUCGCCCAGCGCCUCGCAGCCGCGAAUCCCAGCGACGACAAUGGCAGCAGCAGCAGAAGUAGCAGCAACAGCAGCAGCAGCAACAGCAACAACAAACCCGCCUCGUCGCCAUUGGCACCCACAAACAACCGCCAGAGAGCCAGCUCCGCCGUCGACAACCUCAUCUACAAGGCCGAGCAGAGCGUGCGAAAUCUGCAGAACCCGUCAGCAGCAGCGCCUGGAGGACCCGGCGGCCAGAACAUCAUUCGCGUCACAAGCCUGCGCGGCCGCGGUCGCGGGAGGGGCGGUGCGUUCGCGGGGCCGAGAAACCCGCCGGGGCCGAGCGGCGUGACGGAACGUCCUGGCGCAGACUACACCCGGAGGCCAUCGCCGUUGGGCAUGGGCUUGAAUGUCGCGGGCAGCGGCGGCGGCGGCGGUGGAGGACGAGGCCGUGGAGGGAUGAGCCGGGGCGGGCGCGGCGGACCCAGGAGAGACGGUGGUCGAGGCGGCAGGGGCGGGCGCGGCCGUCGCGGAGCAGCACGUCGCGGAGACCGUGGCGAGGGCAGAGACGGCGCCGAUGGAGAGAGGCAGGACACACGGAGGCUCGAUCCUCUGUUCGUGACGGACGAGGAGGCCGCGUACGUGUCACGGCUCGAGGUCGGCACGGGCAAGGUGUACGACCCGACGUUCACCCUCGACUCGCUGCACGGCUACGCGCCAGCGGUUGCCACGACGUCUUCUCCCUUUGGAUACGCUGCGACGGCGGUGACCCAGGCACGCAUGCUCAGCGGCGGACAGCCCUACAACGACGAGAACCACGUGCUCCCAGAAGAGGCGCUGGCCAGGUCGACAAAGGGCCACGGCGUGCUGUUCCCGAGCGUAGAGAGCCGCGUGUGGACGCAGGAGUUCACCACGGCCGAGGGCGUCGAGUACAAGGCCGCCAACGCCGAGACGAAGCAGGCGGUUCUCGAGGCCGCGCUGCAGGGCAAGUACGAUGCGCCGCAGGCUGUCAAGCUGGGCGACACGCUCAACUUGGUGCAGAAUUACGCCAAGAAGGACACGCGCAUCUUUGGGCAGCCGGGCCGUACGAUUCAUGACAAAAUCAAGAGUUUGCUGCCACAACAGGCUGCUGCUGGAAAGGCGAAGCAGGCCGGUGGGGAUGCGAAAAAGGCCAAGGCGUGAGGAGCCAUGGCUUGCACGUAAAUGCAUCA